AUGAGUAACAAUACUGAUGGUGUUAGGUUAAACCCUUUCGCAGGAAGCCGUGAUGUUCACACAUUACUCCAAUUCUUAGAUGCUGUUGAAAUUCGUUUUGUAACUAGGCGUAUUUCUUCAAAUCAGGAGAAAAUUUGUUUUUUAGCUGAAAACUUGGAUGGUGAUGCUGCCUCGUGGUUUAGAAACGCAUACCGAAGAGCAGACUUAACAGACGUACCCUACGAAACUGUUGUUGCUAAGUUGAAAGAACAUUUUUUUGUCGCUAUUGACCCUUACCAAAUGUACCUUGAUUUAAAUAAAAUGAGACAGACCAAGAGUGUUAUAGAAUACAGUGACAAGUUCGAGAAAACCGGAUUGUUAUUGCCUACCGACUUUGUCUCAGAAAAAGCCCUAAUUGUAACUUUCGUCGCUGGGUUAAAAAAGGACAUUUGCAGAGAAUUGAGAAUUCUUGACCCGCAAACAUUGAGAGAAGCAAAAAAGAUGGCUUUGGAAAUUGAGUUAUUAGGAUCGAAUAUAUACAAUACAGAUGGGACUAGCAUAUUAAUAUCAAAGAAGAACAAUUUUAAUGCUUUACGUUUCAAAUAUUCAGAUCGUAACAGCAAUUUGGGACAUUGGCCUUGCAAUAAACCAGGCUCUGCAAACGAUUAUUGGAAAGCCCGUUCAAGUCUGAAAGCCCUAUAUAGAGAAUAG